UAGUUAUCGAUUACUUUUGCCUGCCGUCUUCAGUCGCGGGAAAUUUGUCAUCUGUUUAUGAAGAACUUCACAGAUUUAUAACUAAUUUACAAUAUUAUUAUAAACUGAAUUAUAGCUUUAACCCAAUGUGUAAUUAAGCUUAGGUAGGACAGCAUUGUCAGAUAGGUAUAUGUUUGUUUAUCUUACACUAAACGUGUUUAAACGUGUAGUUAGCACUUAGCUAGUGAAAGUUUACCUCAGAACUGGUCACGUGCUGUAGUGCACUACACCUUUACUGACCACAAUGUCACAGGAAAGUCUAACGAGCCAAGAUAAAGAAGAACUGAAGAGGCGACUGGAGCUGCUGCAGAAAGAGUAUGACAGAACGGCCCAGAGAUUACAGCGUGCUGAGCGGAGGGAGGUGGUACGUAAGCAUGUCCAGAGCAGAAUCUCCGAGCAGAAGCGACUGCUGCACAUCAACACCUCUGUCAUGUUGGAACAAAGCUCUUCUUCCUCCCUGGAGCAGCUUUCUAACUGCAGUGUUUCUUCAGACACCACUAGAGUUCAUUUCCAUUUACCUGCCGUCUCUCCGUUUUCCACCCAGACGUGUAAACGAAGCCCAUCUCGGUCUCAUCGUCUCCGCUCCAAGUGCAGCCUUCUGCGUCUGCAGAUCAGGGAGAGAGAGUCUGAUACUGAAGAGCGUCAAGACAAGACAAGGGAGGGAACGGGGGAGAUGUGGCAGGAAGAGCAAAGACAGAUAGAGAGUGAGCAUGAGUGGAUCCCCGAGGAGAAGGACAUGACGAAAGGACAGACCGAAGAGGAAAGAAGUCAGAAGGAGGAGUGUAGCGAGCAGACAGAAAUGUUGAAGGACGCUUUGGAAAAAGAUGUAGAAAACUUGACACCAGAAAAUGAACAAUUAGUAACAGAGAGUUUUUCUGUCAACCAAUCACCUCUAACGAAGUUGUUAGAAACUCACAACCCUCCUGCUGAUCAGUCAGCUGUAAGAAACUCCCCAUCAACCUCCAGUGAUCAUUCCAUCCCAUCUAAUGAAACAUCUAGUCAGUCCUGCUCCAUUUACAAUGCAGAGAAAAGUCCAGAAAGCUCAGAUUUCUUAACAUCCUGCACCCUAAUUGAAGGUUUGCCAUUUCCCGUUGAGUAUUACGUUCGUACCACCAGGAGAAUGGCGUCGGCUCACAGCUCUGUGGAUCUGAAUGCUGUGAUCCAGAGUCAGCUUUCAAACGGGCGGGGCAGACGAAGGGCAAGCAGAGGUCGUGUUGCCUCACAGACUUUGUCUGAAAAACCUGAAAAAAGUGUCAGUAGAAGACGUGGUCAAAGAGGGCGGCGAGGACGCAAGAGAGACCGUGAGUCUGAUCUGUCUGGUCAGUCCGAAUCCCUCGUCAUAUCCCAGUCUUCCCUUCCGCAGGAAGAGUCGGAGCCAACACGAUCAACCAAACCCAACUCAGACCCUGCUAAGGAGUCUCAACUCAACUGUGAGCUCUCCACAGAUUCACAAGUCUAUCCAAUUUUCAGGAAGAAGUGCGAACGGACCGGUGUGUCUCGUUCUCAAAUGUCUACAAGCUUUGGUUCGUCUCAACUCCUGACCUCAUUAACGUCUCUCACGCAGGCUCUGAGAACAAAAGAUUUCCAAAACCUCAGCGGUCUGCUAACGAUAUUUGACGUGCAAGACUUUCACCUUCCUGACGAUGAGUUUGGCCAGCUGAAACUGGAGCGACUUUGCUCAUCCUGCCCCAACUUUAACACGCUCACGUACGGCACACGGUUCAGAAAGAACAGGAGCACGAACAAUCCUGAAGGUGGACAGGGGGAUAAUAAGAAAGUUGUUUUGGACUCAUUACCACACGGUGCUUCGUUAGAAAGUCGUCUUCCUUUGAUGUUUACUGCGCAGUCACAGGUGGAGGUGGAGAACACCAACCAGUCAGUAAGUGAGAUUACAAGCCAAACUCUGGAUAAGAUGCAAGAACCUGUAGGUCUUUUACACAGAUCUGCCACAAACCAAACAGAAACACAGCAGAACAGAGAAGCUGAAAAACACACGGAGCAAAUCACGUCAAAUGAUCCUCUAACACUCUCCGCUAGCAGGAGUUUAAUGCUAAACCUUAGCAUGUCCUUGACAUCACUGACCCAGAGUGAUCACAAUACCUCUCUCAUCUCUCUGGGAGUGACCCCUAACCUGUUAACCGUGUCUCCUUCCUCACAGCUCACACAUUUCAUCUCCAUGCCUUCGCCUCCUGAUCAGGAUGAUGCUUCAAAACAAUCUGAGGAGGAACAGAAUAACGGAACAUGUGAAAACAUUAACACAGAAGCGAGCGACCUUUUAAUAAGCCCUCAAGUGCAGCUACAGGGGUGUGAGCAUACUUACAGCAAGAGUUAUAGUUCUGAUGGCUCUAAAAUGGACGUUGAGACACCUGAACCAGUGAUAAAGUCUGAAGUGGAGAUACCAGAGUGUGGCAUUUCUGAUGUAAAAGGUGAGAUGGAGGUGAAACUCAUAGCACAAGAAAGAAAUGCAGAAGGUCAGCAAACUGAGAGCCAGCCUCAAAUAGUUUUUACUCAUUCUCAAAAUGAAGAUGCUGAUGAACUUCACUCCAUCUCUGACCUGGAAUUUCAUUCAAUAAGCAGAACGUCACAGUGUCUAGAUAUUGGCAACGUGUUAAACAAUGAGACCUCAGCACUUCCUGGUGUUGCAGCCAAUCAGAGAGAAGAUAGCGAGGUUACUUUAUCUUUGGAUUUAGUUCAAACCAGUCAAACAUCCAGUGGAUCUCUCCGGAAAACUCAUACACUGAAGGCGCUGGAUGGAGGGUGCGUGUUGGAUGUGUGUUUAUUGCGGUGGUCAUCUUCUGAUUGGCUUGUGUGUGUGGCCGGAGAGUGGAGUGUGUGUGUUUGGAAGCAGAAUGAUGGAGACCAGCAGUGGAGACGUCUGUACACUUGGACCUUUACACAAUCGGUGAUCUCUCUUCAGGGGAUUCCUGACUCUUCAGCUCUGCUGUGUGUGUGUUUGGGGAGGCUGGAGAUCACAGAGGCAAGGAUACUGUACUGCCAAUUUACAGACAGUGAGUUCUCUCAGUUUGAGCUGUAUAAAGGAGCUCUGCAGGCUGUACUCGCUGUGUCGGAUCACAGGGUGACGUGUUGUUCUGCUAAGGGAGCUCAUCAAAAUGUCCAGGUGUUUACACUUUCUCAGGAUGGCAGGAUUGCAGAGACUCUGUCCCUGGUCCCUACUUAUGAACCCAUUCAAACCCUGGUCAUGGUGGAGAGGGAAACAGAUGCUCUGAUUGGUUGGACAGAACACAGGAGUUUCCUCAUAUGGAACAUGAAAUCCGGCCAGUUGCUUCAGACAGUUCGUCUGACGGAGAGUGUUUCCACGGCAACCUGUCUGAGAGGAUAUUCCUACAGGGGUGUGCUGUGUGUGUUACUACAGCAGGCGAGUUCAUGCCAUGAAGAAACUGGUUGCACAUUAUUUACUCUGAUUGCCAUAAAUCCUCUCACAGGAAAAUAUUUCAGUCUGAGCAGCAUCACCUCCCCAUCAUCUCCCUCAGAGCGGUUGGUAGACGCUGAUGUGUGUGAAUCUGCACUUGUGGGUGUUUUCCAAUCAGGUCUGACUAUAUGGAACCUCACAGGGGGCGUGGCCUGUGUGUAUGCAAAUGAGUCUGUUGAAUGGUGCCGCCUGGCACGGUGGGCGGGGCCAAACACACUCCUUACAGGUUACCUGAACGGGGACGUUCAUAUUUAUCAGUUCAGUACUACUGAUAUUAGGAGAUGAGUGUGUUUAGGUAAAGCACAUUAUUUAAUAAAUGUUUAUAACCUAAGACUAGAUAGAUUUGUGUUAAAUAAAACACAUACAUGUGAAACCCAACAUGUUCUUUAUCAGUAAAACUCUGUAAAGGUUACAUUUUACUUGCAAAAUAAAAUAUUACUUUUAGAGGGA